AUGUUCAUGCGCCGCCAGCUCGCCCACGAGGCACCACCUCUCUACCGCAGCUUCACCACUACCACCACCACCGCGCGCCCGAGAACCCCCCAGCCUCCUCUCCAAAUCUGUCGCGCAUGCAGAAGACCGGCUCCCAAAUCCCCCCCCGCAGACGACGAAGCCGAGCCCCCCCCAAAAGCCUCCCCCAUCCCCAAGACGCACUACGACUUCUUCCCCCUGACGCUGCCGUCCGGGCCUCCGCCCGCUGGGCCCUUCAAGAUCGACGCGCGCGCCCUCCGCAGGGAGUUCCUGCAGCUGCAAUCGGUGGCGCACCCGGACCGGCAUCCGCAGGAGCUCAAGAGCCGGGCGGAGGCGACGAGCGCGCGCAUCAACGAGGCGUACAGGACGCUGCUGAACCCGCUGCUGCGGGCGCAGUACCUGCUCGGGCUGAGGGGCAUCGGCGUCGUGGACGACGAGAGAGCGAAGGUCGAGGAUACGGGCUUGUUGAUAGAGGUGCUGGAGGCGAGGGAGACGAUUGAGGAGGCGGAUGGGGAGGAGGAUCUGCUGGAGUUGAGGGAGGCUAAUGAGGGGCGGAUAGAGGAGAGUGAGAGGGUGCUUGAUGGGGCGUUCAGGGAAGACGAUAUGCAGCUGGCGAAGGCGGAGGCGGUAAAGUUGAGGUAUUGGGUUAAUAUUAAGGAGAGUCUGGAUGGGUGGGAGAAGGAGAAGCCGGUGGUAAUUGUGCAUUAG